CGAAAUUCGGCAUCUACCAGGAUUAAGACUCAAUAACGGACUCACCGUCACAAAACCAUGUCUGCUCCCAAGAAACACGUCGUCUUCGAUGUUGUUGGCACCUGUGUCUCGUACGAUGCCAUCUUCAACGCUCUAGACUCGCGGCUGGGCGAUCGGCUUCGCGCCGAGUGUAUCAAGCCCAAGCUCCUAGGAUACACGUGGUUCGAGGCUGCCGAGCGCGAGUACACCUAUCUGAGCAUCUCGGGUCGCUAUAUUCGCUUCUACGAUGUUUUCCGCAGCCUGUUCUACCGCAUGCUGUGGAUGGCUGGCAUUGAGGAGCCCCGCAAGUUUGCAACCGACGACGAUUUGGCCUAUAUCCUUGAGCAGUUCAUGCAGCUGGACGCCCGGCCGGGUGUGGCCGAGUGUUUCCAGAUUCUGCGCGACGCGGGCUUCACCUGCUGGGCCUUUACGGCCGGCGACGUACAGCGCGUGAGCGGCUACUUCACUCGCAAUGGCAUCGACAUGCCGGCUGAGAACUUCAUGUCCUGCGAUUCGCUAGGCAUCGGCAAGCCGGCACCGGAGUCUUACCAGCCGCUGCUAACGCAGUUCGCCGGGGAAGAGGCGUGGUUUGCCGCCGCCCAUAUGUGGGAUGUGUCUGCAGCCAAGUCGACUGGAUUCAAGGGUGCAUACUGCACUGUCUGGGAAAAGGAGCCCUGUAUUGAUUUGUUUGGCACCAUGGACGUUAUGGCCGACACGUUUCCAGAGAUGGCACGAAGAAUCCCAAGCCAACAAGGACGUGGCCCAGUGCCCAAGCCGGUUCCCUCGUUUUGGAAUGCAGAGCCACGCAUGCUCGAUGACUAUCGUAGCACCGCAGAGUUGCCUUCGGUAUCUGACAUCGUUAUCGUUGGCGCUGGCUUUGCUGGAGUGGCCACUGCAUACCACCUGCUCAAAGACAACCCCAACCCGCCAUCAAUCGUCCUUCUAGAGGCUAGGAAUCUAUGUUCCGGGGCGACAGGCCGCAACGGAGGCCACGUGAAGCCAGACACCUACUACAAUGUACCAAAGUACACCAAAUUAUACGGUACGGCUGCGGCAGCGGAACUGGCUGCUUUUGAGGCAUCUCAUGUCCUCGCAGUUAAAGGCCUUGUGGAAAGUGAGAAUUUGGACUGUGACUUCCACCUCACCAGAGCCGUUGAUGUGUAUCUCGACCCAGAGCACGCGAAGCAGACGGAGGCCUCGUACAGGGAGCUUGUCAAAGCUGGUGUCGUCGAUUUACGCGAUGUUGCCUUCAUACCGAAGGAUGACGCUGAAAGGGUCUCUGGGGUCAAGGGCGCUCAAUGCUGCUUUUCCUUUACUGCGGCUCAUCUAUGGCCAUCUAAAAUGGUCCACCAACUUGUGGAAAAACUUCUAGCUAAGGGAUUGAGUCUACAUACAAACACGCCAGUAUCAGCAGUAUCACCCCAGGUCGACAGCAAAGGCAUUUGGACGAUCCAAACUCCUCGCGGAGCCAUCCGGGCUCCAAAGGUCAUCUACGCCACGAAUGGCUACACAGCCCAGGUACUCCCCGAGUACUGCAACACCAUUGUUCCUGUCCGUGGCAUUUGCAGUCAUAUUGAGAGUCCCAAAAAGCAGGACACUCCUCAUCUUGUCAACACGUAUGGCAUUCGCUUCGAUGCGCUGAACAAUGAUUAUCUCAUCCCACGGGCGGAUGGAAGUAUCGUGGUGGGUGGUGCGAGACAAAGAUUCUGGCAUAACAAAGAUCGUUGGUUUGAUAAUGUCCGGGACGAUGAGGUGGUUGGAGAGGCUGUGUCUUACUUCGAUGGCUACAUGCAACGCCACUUUCGAGGAUGGGAGAAUAGCGAUGCCAAGGCCAAAGAAGUCUGGACUGGCAUCAUGGGCUACAGUUCUGACUUCAUGCCACACAUUGGCGACGUGCCAGGAAAGUCAGGGCAGUUCAUCAUUGCUGGGUUUUCUGGACAUGGAAUGCCUGAGAUCCUUCUCUCGAGCAAGGGUCUCGCUACCAUGGUCCGUGACAGCGUUUCAUUUGAGGAGUCUGGACUGCCCCGUAUCUUCAAGACAAGCGAGAGUAGAAUCUCAUCCAAGAAAAGUCUAUUGGAGGAAUCGAUGCAGUCCUUGUGGAAUGGGAGUACUAAGCCAAAGCUGUGA